AUGGCCCAGCUGCAGGAAAACAUCAAUGGCAUCAUUGCUGCUUUCUACAUGUGCACCAGAAGCGACAGCAACUGCAGCCCCCUGAACAGCGAGGAGCUGAGGCAGCUCUUUGAGCAGGAGUUUGGGGACAUGACAGAGAACCCUCAGGACCCCCAAACCAUCAAGAAGAUUAUGUGCUUCCUGGAUGAUGACAGUAACUGCAGGGUUGACUUCAGCAAGUUGCUCAGCCUGGUUUUCCAUGUGGCCAAGACUUGUUACAAGCCACUCCAGCAGCACCAGGCACCAGAAGAUGGUCAAGAGGUGACAGCACAAGAAAAGGCAAGUUGGGAGGAGCCAUUGGAGCCAUGCACAGCCAGUCACAACUGGCAGGUCCCUGAGCAGGGUGUGGACAAUCAGGUUGAGGACACUGAGACACAGGACCCAGACAACCAUCGAACCCAGGAGAGUGAGACAUCAAAGCAGGACCAGGAUACCCAUGAAACCCUGGAGAGUCAGACACCAGGGCAGGAUGGGGACACCCACCAAACCCAGGAGGGUGAGACACCAGAGCAGGACCACAACACCCAUCAGACCCAGGAGGCUGAGCCACCAGAACAGGACUAUGACACCCAUCAAGCCCAGGAAGGUGAGACAUCAAAGCAGGACCAUGACACCCAUCAAGGCCAGGAGAGUGAGACAUCAAAGCAGGACCAGGCAACCCAUCAAACUAAGGAGGGUGAGACACCAGAGCAGGACAAGGACACCCAUCAGGAUGAUGAGACUGAAGCACCAGAAAGGGAUCCAGAGAGAAGUGAAAUCCUGGACACUGCAACCCCUGAGCAAGACAGAAAUACCUAUAAGGAGGAAGAUACUGAGACACCAAACCAGGACCUCAAAAUCCACCAGGCCCAAGAAACUGAGGCACCAGCACAGGGUUCAAACCACCCUCAGAGUUCAAAGAGAGUCUGCACAGCAGGACCCAGCUUACUACCAUCAGCACUCUGA